GGCCAGUCAUGUUGGUUUCAUUAUAAAAUGUGGCUUUAAAUAGAAAUGUGGCUAGUACAAAGUUUAAUUAAGCUGGCCACAUUGUCUUCCCCUUUGGCGCAGAUCUCGAAAAGUCGCGACUUGCAAAUUGGCGAAAGAAUUCAUUCAUCUUCUUUAAUAAUCCCACGAUAUCUUCGACAUCACUCUUUUACCCCCUUUUAGGACAUCGAGAAUAAUACGAGACAUCGAGGCGACUUUAAUAAUACACUAUUUAUUACCCUCGCGAUAAAGACACGAGAUCGCAUCAUUCAUCAUGGAGAAUAUCGAGACGGAUCAAACCCCUUUCGCGGCUGUGACGGCCCAAACGUCCAAACUCCAGAGACAAUAUCAAUCCCUCCUAGAUCAAUCGACCCCCUUUGUUCUCUACCGAUGGGUUGGUACAGCCGUAUUUCUAGGCAUCUUCUUCCUCCGCGUGCUCUUAGCACAAGGCUGGUAUAUUGUUGCAUACGCACUCGGAAUCUACCUGCUCAACUUGUUCCUCGCCUUCCUGCAGCCUAAAUUCGACCCUUCAAACGAUAUGCUAGACAAUGAGAUGGAGGAUGGAUCAGCCGGCGGCCUCCCGACCAAGCAGGACGAGGAAUUCAGACCGUUUAUCCGACGACUUCCAGAGUUCAAGUUCUGGCACGAGGCGACUCGCGCCAUCGCUAUCGGAUUUGUGUGCAGCUGGUUCGAGAUCUUCAACGUUCCAGUUUUCUGGCCCGUCCUGGUCAUGUACUGGAUCAUCCUCUUCGUUCUAACCAUGCGCAAGCAAAUCCAGCACAUGAUCAAGUACCGAUACGUCCCUUUCUCGUUUGGCAAGGCGAAGUACGGUAAGACUAGUACUUCGUAAACGUAAGGUUACGCUGAAGCUCGGUCAUGCUAGGACUUAUCAGGACAGAACUCGGAGGAUACCGAGAAAGUGAACGAAACGUGUAGACAGUUUCGAUAAAAAUUUUAAUCACGAUGACUACUCGACACGGUGAUGCGCCUUGGGGCUUCGAUAACUGUACAAAUUAUGAUACAGGCAUUUUGUAUGAGGUACUAAAGGAGCUGGACGGUCUGUACGGAGUAAUGCGAUGAGUCUCCAUUGUUAAUUGUUGGUUGGCCGUGAAAGGAGAUAUUUCUCCACAGGUAUGAGAAUAGGCUGGUAGCAUGGACGUGGUCGGGGCGCAGAAUUGCAUCUUCCAGGAUUGUUAUCAGUAGACAUUAUAUCAAAGAACAAUAAUAAUAUGCUUUUAAGACUAUUUUGGUUGUUAGUCG